GCAUUGGCUACUGUGGCAGUCAAUGGGUGCAUACAAGGUCUGGGAAAUAUUGAAGACUGCUUUGACAAGGAUAAGAUCUGUGUUCAUUAUGGUCAAUGUGCCGACCCCCAUGAAUCUACCCCAUCAAUGGCUUCAACCCGAGUCUUCAGCUGAACUACUACCUGCUGCUCCAAUGGUUGAUAAGCGAUUUACUUGCUUACAAGCACUCCACAAUCCUCCAAGACCCUGGAUCUUUGGUUAUCAACUUAUUGGUGAUAGUAUGCUUCUCCGCUUUUCACAACAAAUACUGCGACAACCUCCAAUUCUUAGUGAGAGCAUACGGUUUUUAGGAUACUGUGUGAGUGGCCAGAGAAUUGGAGAUCUAUUGAAACGCUUAAAAUCAGGGUUUUAUCACAUAGGAAGUAACGUAGUUCUUAUGAUCGGAACAAAUGACCUUGUCAAAAAUUGUCAAGCUGAGCAAAUGAUACAUGAAUUGCGUCGAGUUCUGGAUUAUUUGUGUACCAAGGCUGAGAAAAUAGUAGUCCUAACAUUACCGCCUGUUCCUCUCCAUGAGCAUUAUACCCACCACUGGACAAGGUUGAAUAAGUACAACGACUUUAUCAGGACACUAAACAAUGCUGGUAAGCACUAUGCUUCAUGUAAAUCACCCUGUGCCACUGGAUAGGAUAGGAUAGGAUACUGUGUAAAUCACUUACU